AUGGCGGCGGCGGAAAGGGAGCCAGACCCCUGCACACUCUUGGGCACCACAACUAUCGAGAAAUACGAUUUGAGGACAAACAGCUGGAUACAGAUUGGAACCAUGAAUGGGAGGCGGCUCCAGUUUGGAGUGGCUGUGAUUGACAACAAGAUCUACAUCGUGGGAGGAAGGGACGGCUUGAAAACUUCCAAUACAGUCGAAUGUUUCAAUCCAAUCACCAAAGCCUGGACUGUGAUGCCUCCAAUGUCAACUCACAGGCACGGAUUAGGUGUAGCAAUGCUUGAAGGACCGAUGUAUGCAGUGGGAGGCCACGAUGGCUGGAGCUACCUCAAUACAGUUGAGAGAUGGGAUCCUCAGGCUCGGCAGUGGAAUUAUGUAGCCAGCAUGGCAACCCCUAGGAGCACCGUGGGGGUUGCAGCACUCAACAGCAAGUUGUAUGCAGUCGGUGGGCGAGAUGGCAGCUCUUGCUUAAAAUCCAUGGAGUGUUUUGAUCCUCACACAAACAAAUGGAGCAUAUGUGCCCCGAUGUCGAAGCGACGGGGAGGCGUUGGCGUUGCAACCUACAAUGGGUUUCUGUAUGUGGUGGGAGGUCACGACGCACCUGCUUCUAACCACUGCUCUCGUCUUUCGGAUUGUGUGGAAAGGUAUGGAUAAUAAAGGAAUUAGAUA